AUGGUGCGUCAAUUUUUGGCGACACUGAAAGAAUUUUUUGGCCCAGAUCCCAGGAUAUUGGCGGCAUCACAGCGAGACGAAAUACUGGGUAAUGAUACUCCCAUCAGCGCCUUGCACGGCACUCAAUCUGUGUCGCAGCUCUCUCACGGUGCAGCCACAGAGAGUCGUGUGUCCUUGCCUGUUUUCAACUCUGGCGUCCGGCAAGGCAGUCAAGUUGUGCGCGCAUGGCAGCGCAUCCAGCUAUUCUGUGAAGAACAGUAUGAGGAGCUUCGAGACACACUCAACUGGCCCGCGAAAGCGGAGACUUUGAACGCUCUCCAACAUGGCAUCGGACGUGCGCUUCCUCAAGCUGUUUGCGAGUGGCUCUUGUGUUGUGAUGGCCAGGAGAUCGAGUCGUACGCAUCCUGCAGUGAUGGACUCUUUUUCGGCCUACCAUUCCUCGGAUCUGAUGCUAUUUUGCGCGAGUGGCGUUUCUGGCGCCUCGUAGACAAGGACGAAAGGACCGUCAACAAUCCGGAUCUCAAUAAGCGCAUGGCCAGUUGCCCACCUGGCUGGGUCCGCAAACGGUACUCUUGCCCAGACUGGAUCCCCCUCAUUUCGGAUGGCCUUGGCAAUUACAUCGGUGUGGACUUGUCACCUGAUCCAAAUGGCGAGGGUAAGCCUGGGCAGGUCAUUCUCUUUGGACGUGAUUUUGAUACCAAAAUGGUUCUAUACGGUUGCGACGGACCUGAUGGAUGGGCAAAGUUCUUGGUUAUAUUUGCAGAUGAGCUCGAGCGUGGCACAAGCUUCGUUCUCGGCGAGGUCCACGACGAGGGCAGUGGUGAGGAUGGCAUUGGAUACGAGUCGUACUUUGCGAGUUCAGGCGAUCGUGCUGGUGAGGGCUCUGUCCAAUUCCGUCUGAAGGGCCUGUACGCUGGAUGGCCCGUUAUGGAAAGCUGGUUUGAUCGCUCCGCACGGGCAUGGGAACGGAUCGGCUACCCCAUAUCAAGGAGCGCAUCUGUGCACCAUGCCAUCACGGAAGACGCUGGGGAUAUCUCUACUUCAUCUACACAUGACCCUAUGGAUCCUUUGCAUAGCAAGUCGCCUAUCCGCAAGCGUCUACCACGCGCAUCUCCUGCAACCUCAAUGCCAAGAGAGUCGUCAUGGCCUGAAAUAAAAAAGCAAAACUCACUCUCACCCACACCAGUACGUGUGCGGCGUUCGGUCGUACCGAAACCUGCGCCCCUCACAGAUCUCCCGACCAUUGAUGACGUGCGUGCUGCCGAGGCAUCGGAAAUGUCUCAACGCGCCCAUGGACUGUCCCGGUUUGGCAGCUUCCGCAAAUCGUCUCGGAGAACGUCAGCGUACAUGAACAUGCCUGCGCCUGCCACAACUGUGGACAUGGAGGAACCGAUGGAAAUGUCACUGAGACCCGUCGCGUCCUCACUUGAUGUAAGCAUGGCAGAGGCACCGUCUGCAACAAUAGAUAUGUCAGGCGAUAUUUCCACUCAGCUCAAUCAGGCACCAAACAUGCAAAGAAGCACAGCCCAGCUCUUGAAUACGUCUUGA